AUGAUGAUGAUGAUGAUGAUGAUGAUGAUGAUGAUGAUGAUGAUGAUGAUGAUGAUGAUGAUGAUGAUGAUGAUGAUGAUGAUGAUGAUGAUGAUGAUGAUGAUGAUGAUGAUGAUGAUGAUGAUGAUGAUGAUGAUGAUGAUGAUGAUGAUGAUGAUGAUGAUGAUGAUGAUGAUGAUGAUGAUGAUGAUGAUGAUGAUGAUGAUGAUGAUGAUGAUGAUGAUGAUGAUGAUGAUGAUGAUGAUGAUGAUGAUGAUGAUGAUGAUGAUGAUGAUGAUGAUGAUGAUGAUGAUGAUGAUGAUGAUGAUGAUGAUGAUGAUGAUGAUGAUGAUGAUGAUGAUGAUGAUGAUGAUGAUGAUGAUGAUGAUGAUGAUGAUGAUGAUGAUGAUGAUGAUGAUGAUGAUGAUGAUGAUGAUGAUGAUGAUGAUGAUGAUGAUGAUGAUGAUGAUGAUGAUGAUGAUGAUGAUGAUGAUGAUGAUGAUGAUGAUGAUGAUGAUGAUGAUGAUGAUGAUGAUGAUGAUGAUGAUGAUGAUGAUGAUGAUGAUGAUGAUGAUGAUGAUGAUGAUGAUGAUGAUGAUGAUGAUGAUGAUGAUGAUGAUGAUGAUGAUGAUGAUGAUGAUGAUGAUGAUAUGA